AAAGUCCGAAUUUUCUAAAAAUGACAAAGUAUGUUAUGUAAACUAGGAAAAGAGAGCAAACCAAGCUUGCCAAGUUGGUAAGCUCACCCUCCUCCCUUAGUGAGACGGGAGUUCAAGCCCCGCAAGGGGCAAGUGUGAGGUUCAGGGCUAUGGAUAGCCUCUCAACCCUCUGUGAACUAACCUAGUAACUCACUAACUCCUCCUUACCCCGCUGAUGCAUAAACUAUGACCAAAAGAAGAAAAAAACUAGGAAAAGAAAGAAGUGCAAUUUUCAAAUUUCCAAAUUUACCGAUUACUGUUACUGAACUCAGAACUGGGCAACAAUGUAGGGGUAUUCUUUAGGAAGCAAAAGGGCAGCUGAAGUUAUCAGUCUAUCUAUGGAUGAGAAACUUGUUUCAAGGCUUCAAUUUCUCCAUAUGUCCUGGCUUGCUAGAUCGUCACUUUACCCUUUCACCUUACGAAGUGGAAGAGAGAUCGUGGGGUAUAUAGCCUUUUCAUCAAGUGAAUUUGCUGCUACAAACAACAGAGCACACCCUGGUGGACAAGAUUGGUGUGGCUCUAGUGCAUCUCGUCCUGAGAAUGAAAGAAUAAAGGAAACAGAAAAGGGGAAAGGGACAGCUUCCCGUAUAAUUAGUCGUGAGGUUCUCGAACAACAUUUUGGCAGUAAACGUGAAGAUGUCGCCAAGAUCCUUGGCUAUAGCGUGUCCACCUUUAAGCGCGUCUGUAGGGAUCAUGGGAUUCCUCGGUGGCCAAAUCGGAGAAGCAAUUACGUUCGGAAACCCCCUGAUCCACAUGGAGAAAAGAAUCCAUCACCCACGUUCAAUACACUAUCAACUAAUGGGCAAUCAACUAACGGGCAGAUCACGAUGAAAAUGGGUGUUCAAAAUUCGGAGCCAAAUGAGUGUCUACCACAUUCUUUUGAAGACCCGAACUUUCGGAAUACAGGAAAUGGUUCAAUAGCAGAAUUUGAAAAAACUCCUACUUUUCAUGAUUCUUUGCCCAGUCAUUGUCGCGAUGCGGAUAUUUGUUUUCCAGCUGUGUAUAGUGAAACUGACGCUGCAGGGGGUUCCUCUAAAUGGGCGUUUCCACUGGAAGGUCGAACAACGCAGUCCACUGCCUAUCCAAAUCACAAUGCUCUUGUGUUUCCACAAUCUCAGAUAGCAUCAACAGAGGUGCUAAAUCAGAACAUGGGGAGUUCGGAAGAUAGGAGAGAUUUGUUAGCUUCACAAGUAGAGGCUUAUCUUGAGGGACAUGUCUCUAAAUCUAGUGAUUUGACGUUUCCUGCAUGUUCUGAUGCACCUGUGGCUACUAUUCUCCACACGAUGCCUACAAUUCCCCACACGAUAUCUCACCUCACUGGGGAUUCGUCUGAACUGAUAUUUCAACAAAAAAAUCAAUCAAUGCAGUUCGCCGCAUAUCCAAAUCCAAAUGGUCUUGUGGAUCCACACCCUCAUAUGGCAUUGACACAAAAAAUAAGUGAGAAUAUGGGAAGUUUAGAUGAUCGGAGAAAUUUGUUAGCUCCGCAGAUAGAGCCUCUUCCGGAGGGACAUGUCUUUGGGUCUGUUAACUGGACAGUUGGUUCAUGUUCUAGUCUUGCUCUGAGCCAACCCAUGCCUACUAUUCCCCACACAACGGGAAGUUCAGAAUAUUGGAGAAAUUCGUUAGCAUUCGCGGAAGGGCAUCUUUCAGGGGGAAAUCUCUACGGAUCUUUUAACUUGACAGUCCCUCCAUGUUCUGAUCCUGCGAGCCAACUCAUGCCUACUAUUCAUCACACAAUGGCUACAAUUCCCCACAUGAUGCCUCUUCUCACAGAAAGACCAGAUACGAGGUCCGUGAAGCUAAAGGCAAUAUAUGGGGAUACCAUGAUAAAAUUUCAGCUCCCUCUCACAUCGGGAAUUAAUGAACUGAAGGAAGAAGUGCCAAAGUUACUUGAGUGCAAGCUUGGUAGUUUCAACAUUGAGUACAAGGAUGAGGAUGGGGACUGGAUUUUAAUGGCCCAUGACGAGAACUUGAGCGAAUAUCUGCAACUUCUCACCUCACUGGGAAAUCAAGUAACCAAACUAAAACUUCGUGAUAAGGUUCCCCACACGACAAAUUUUUGUGAUAACUGCGGAUGUCACACGACGAAUUUUUGUGAUAACUGCGGAUGUGAUAAUUGCAGAUCGUUAAAGCAGAAAAGACCAUAAUUAUGUUUAGUUGUAGAAUAAUAUUACAUGGUUGACACCAGUCCCAUGUUCUUUGUGUAACGGAACAUUUCCUUCCUUGCCAGUUUUUCCUUCGCUAAACCAAACUACUUUUGGUAAUGCUGCAUUUUGCAGGGCCUCCCUUUGUUUUGGCCCAGGUUUUACCUAAAUUUGGUUGGUGAUAUUUGUUUGUGUAAAUCUCGUUCCGUUGUGGUUCUUUUUAUCAUCUUCCGAUGCGGGGAUUAUUCGA